AUGGCUUUCUUCAACUUAUAUCUAUUGGGAUAUCAAAAUCCCUUUCAGAGCAAAAAGAAGGACAUAACUACAGAAACAAACUGGAAGGAGACAGUGCCAACUAAGCUUCCCCCCAUUAUCACUGAUGGGAAUUAUUCAGUGCACCAGAAUAGCCACUCAAGGUACCAUGAAGCCAUACGGAAGGUGUUGCUAAAAACAUUCCCCAAUCAGGUCUUCAGAGUCCCUUUGACCGAUGCGCAGAACUUCAGUUUCUGGAGGUCUCAUGAUCCAGAAGUGUGUCCAGAGAAAACCAUGCCGUGGAUCCAGACUGCACGCCACUGUCUCAUUAAGAGCCCAAUGACCAGAUUUAUGGAACAUUCUAUUCUCAAUGACAGAAACUUCAGUCUGUAUUGAGGAGGAUACAGUUGCAGGACAAGAUCAACUUUGAAAGCAUACAAGGAAGUGUCCCAGUUGCAAUAACUAAUGAAGAGGGG